UUGGAAGGAACCGUGUUACAAACUAUUAAAGACGAGCUUAAGCUGGAAUGUGACAGAAAAGAAUUAGAGACGGUCCGGAGAAUGGGAAAAUACUUAAAAGACAAAGUGAGACCUAUCGUCGUAACAUUUACAACGUACGGCAGGAAGAUUACAAUUUUGAAAAUCAAGAAAUAUAUACAAACGAAAACUAUUUAUAUGAAAGAAGAUUUUUCCACCUCAAAUCAGUUACAAGAACAGUUAAAAAAAGAGAAGGAAGCCGGAAAAAUAGCCUUCCUGCGAUACGACAAACUUAUAGUUCGAGAACUAUCCAUGAAAGACAGCAGAGAAACAGAAGAAGAAUAG